AUGGCUGGAUUGUGGCAGCAGCGCAGCUCCCUGCGGCAGGGUCGAGCUCUGGCUCUCCUCCACUUUAUUUGUCUUCUCUACCCACCCUCAGGUGCUCUUCCCUGGGAUACCAAAGCCAGCCCAUCCCCUCUGGAGCAGUAUGAAGUGGUGAAGGGGAAUUUCUCUCGUACUUUCCUCCGCGUUGGCUACCAUAAGAUUGCAGAGAUUCCUGCAGGAGCACGAAACAUCAGCAUACAGGAGACAGUGAAGAGUCGAAACUACCUGGCUCUGCAGACCAAAACUGGCGUCUCCAUCAUCAAUGGAAACUGGGUGAUUGACCGGCCUGGGAUCUUCAUUGCUGUGGGAACACAGCUGAUCUACCGACGACCCAAUGAAAUCCGCUCUCGCAAUGGAGAGUCCAUCACUGCACCUGGGCCGCUGACUGAGGACCUGCAUGUUUAUUUGAUCUACCAGCAACCAGGUCCCGGUGUAUACUAUGAAUACAGUGUACCCUUACAAAACACACACCCGACUCCUGAGCCAGAUACACCUUCUGAUAUACUUCCCCUGUCGGAGGCAGUAGAUCCAUCCAAUCCAGGUGAGGAAGUUCACCAAGGUGACAUCACCAACAAUGACAUAACCAAGGAGACACCCCAUCCCAAACAGGUUUCCUCUGACCACAACGGGGACUCUGACCCUCGGCCCACUUAUACCUGGACAAAGAGUGGGCACACAGAGUGUAGUACAACCUGUGGCACUGGCAGGCGUCAGGUGUUCUGGGAGUGUGUUGAGAAGGAUUCACAGAUGACUGUUGCUGCUGACCUCUGUGACCUUGCCCUUGAACCAACAAACCGGGAAGAAGACUGCAACACCCAGCCCUGCCCUGCAUACUGGGAUGUGGGGGAGUGGUCAGAGUGCAGCAGGAAGUGUGGACCCGGCACUCAGCACCGCCAGGUCAUCUGCCGCCAGGUCACUCACGUCCAUGCCAAUGGGAGGGAGUCCUCCGUUACUGUGGCACCAGAGCUGUGUGGGUCGUCUGAUAAGACAGUGACCAAGUCAACCUGUCAGCUGAAAAUUUGCAGCCAGUGGCAGAUUCGAUCUGAGUGGAGCCCGUGUUCAGUGCCAUGUGGGGUGGGCCAGCGCAGCAGGGAGGUGGUGUGUUUGAGUAACCAGGGUGAUGUGGAGGAGGAUGAGGAGUGUAACAUGAAGCUAAAGCCAGACACACUGCAAAACUGUGACAUGGGAGCCUGUGCACGCAGCUGGUUCACCUCCCUCUGGAGCCAACGGUGCUCUGCAGAGUGCGGUAGCGGUAAUCGAACCCGGACAGCAGUAUGCCUGAUGGAUCAUGUGACUGAUCUCCCAUUGGGCAACUGCGAAGGGGAACGCCCACCAGAAUUGAUAUUUUGUGACUCAGGCCCGUGCCAAAACCAGCUGGAGUGGUAUACAGGACCUUGGGGUCAGUGUUCUGCAGAGUGUGGGAAUGGCACGCAGACCAGGAGCGUGGCUUGUAUUUUCAACGACAAUGGUCGCAUGGAGGUGGUGGACGAGUCUAAGUGUUCUAGUCUGCCCCAGCCAAUCACAGCUGAGACCUGCAGACUGAAGCCAUGUGGUGUACAGUGGUAUGUCACAGAGUGGAGUGCAUGUUCUCGUUCCUGCAACGGUGGCUACCGUGUGAGAGAGGUGCGUUGUCUUGCCGACAACAUUGCCCCAAGCGACCGGUGUGACCCCAGUUCGACCCCAGAGAGUCGAGAAGAAUGCAACAAACAACCUUGUGUAGCUGAGAUAAAUCCAUCAUGCAGUGACCAGUAUCAUAACUGUAUGGUGGUGGUUCAAGCCCGACUCUGCAUUUACCCUUACUACAGAAGUGUCUGCUGCACCUCCUGCUCACGUGCCCAGAAAACAUACCCCAACUUAUUUGAAAAGAACCACAUCCACAGGUGAUGCUGCCUCAGGACACCUAGCUCUGUUUGGAGAGCGCCUCAGUGCUUAGAUUAUAGUUGAAUAUUCUGUCACUCAGUC